CUUUUCUUUCUACUCUAUUCAAUCACCCUCUGUAUUUCCCUCUCAAAGCUUACGAUGUUUCCAAAGUUCAUGAGUCCCUUCAAGGUGGAAUCACAAGAAGGGAAGCAGCUGAACAAAAGAAGAAGAAAACAUAUAAGCUCAAUUCAGAGUACCCAUAUGAAUGUUGGUCUAAGGGUUCUCACCCAAAUUACAAAUUCUAAGACCAAAUCAAAUGUUCUUGUGAAAUCUGCAGUUAGAAAUACAAACCAAACCAUCCCUAUAGACUUUUGCUUCCUUAAAGCUUGCAACCUAUGCAAUAAGCAGCUAAGGCCAGACAAAGAUAUCUACAUGUACAGGGGAGAUCAAGGUUUCUGCAGUAUAGAGUGCCGCAACAGACAAAUAGUUUUGGAUGAGAUGAGAGAAUUAGAGAGCUCUACAAAACAAAUUGUGGCAUCUUAUAGGCAAUGUUGUAAUAAGGCACGUUACAGAGACUUGAAUCUAAAGUCUAAACCUUUUUCAUGUAAUCAAAGGCACUGACAAUAAUUUUGUAAAGAGGGUCUCUCUGAAUCCCUUCACUUUGCUCAAAAUAGCUUAGCUUGAUAAGUAUGGAUCCCAACUAAAAGAUGGAAGAUACAAGUAUUGUUUAUGA